AUGACGACACAAGUCCGCAACCUCUUCCACCACCUACCUCCACCAGCGGAAUGUCUUGCGCUUUUCAUCGCAACCCUCGAAAUUGUGCCGUUUGGUAUAAUAGGCCUACGUGAUCCUUCCUUCUUCGCAGACGGCUACGGUCUGCCCAUUUCAAGCGAGUCCGACACGUCACCUGCAUCCGUAAAACGUUCCGGCAACAAUCAAAGCACGUACGAAGAAGAUCAAAAGACAAAAAAAGCUCUAGUCGCGGCUAUAGCAGCACGCAAUGUUCAAAAUGGCGUUCUUCUGGCAGUUUUCGGGCUGGUGCUGCGAGACAGGAGGAGUUUAGGUGUCGCAGUAAUGGCAGGAUUAGUUGCAACUGUCGCGGAUUCGAUAAUUGUCAGCGCGUAUGGAGCGAAAGACAAGAUUGCAGGUCAUUACGUUGGUGUUUUCAACAGCUUGGCGAUUGGAGGGAGCUUGCUAUACUGGGGCAGAAAUGAUCCGCUGUGGUAG